AUGACGACCGACCAACUUACGAUUUUGAUACAAUCAUUGCAAGAGCAGAUUAAGCAAGGACAAGAUGUCGAAAAUGAGCUUCGACAUGACAUUGAUAAUCAAUCAAGACAACAAAAGGCUUUGAGCAACGAAAACGACUAUUUAAAACAAAAAUUAGCUGCUAUUCAAUUAGACAACUCAAACUAUGGCAAUACUCAAGCACGCCUUGAAACUCAAUUAUAUGCUCAGGAACAAGACAUCAGUAAACUAAGAAAAGACAUACAGCAGCUCACAAAAGCCAAGAAGGAUGUCGAGAAGAAACUGAGCUCUGAACUACAGGAUUACGAAAACGACAAAUCAAUAUGGCAACAAAGAGAAGCGGAUCUGUACAACCAGAUCAGAUCCCUCAGCAUCAACAAUCUAGGAGAGCCGCGCACGCCGCGCACACCUAGACGACGCAGCGUCACCGCAAACACACUGGGCAUCAUGAGCCCAUUCACAAGUGGUCUGGGUGACAUUGGCGAGAACCAAGCGGGUGCCAACACAAACGACAGAGACGCCACUGCAUCAACUGUCGACGAAAGACCUACACCAAAGCUGGCUGUCAUUGACUCGUCGUAUGCUCGCGAGACCAAGAUUGCACAGAGAACAAUCAAAGCACAGGACAAGAUGAUAUUUGAUCUCAAAAACGAAGUCGAAAAACUGAAAUCCGUGAUCCAGGAACAGCAAAACGAAUCGCAGACCCAAUCACUUCACGCCUCGCAUUUACAGCAUGAAAUCGUCAGCAUAAAGGAAGUCAAUCGAGGCUUGAUGGAGGAGAACGAGAGUUAUCAAAUUUUGCUUCAUGAGAAGACCAUCAACGGCGAAUUCAUGAUGAACCCAAUCAUGCAGGUGGAGGAUAACCCGGCAAUGAAGGAAUCCAUCAGCACUUCUAGUAACAAUCAGGGCUUGAAUUUGGCUGCUGAACUAGCUUCAUCGAUACCCGACUGGAACAAUCAGAAAGAGAGUGAAUCAGAUCAAACCAUCCAGAAGCUUAAUGAGGAAAUCAAGACCCUUCAAGACACAAAUCGUGCUCUUCAACUAUAUAUGAACAAGAUUUUGAUGAAGAUUAUCAACAACAAGCAACUGGAAGAUGUCCUCAGUAUCGAUCAACCCUCCAAGUCGUCACAUCAUCCAUCAUCCAAUGCAGAAGGUAACAAAAGCUCAGCAGCUGGAGCAGGAUCAGCAGCAGACACUAGUGGCAGAGGAGGCCCAACACCAACCAAGACAGUUUCCACUGUCGCACCGGCUUCCAGUGGUACAGCAUCCAAAUCACCCUCUCCAAGCAACCGCCAACGUCGUAGAACCAUUUCAUAUUGGGGGUCCAAGGCAGCGCCACCACCACCACCUAGUAAAUCUGCUUCACAACAAGACAUGGAGGGGCUAACAGCAACAAGAGAAGAAAAGCGCAGACAUUCGUCCAUAGUGCAAAAUGCACCUCCACAACCUGAAAGAUCCAUGUCAACUACGACAAGUAGCAGCAGCGGCAGUGCAAAUGGUGGAUGGGCCAAGGCAUUGCGUAGAAUGAGUGGUAUUGGUUGGACUUCUGUCAAAGAGGAACCUACGUCUACGGUUGCUGUAAAUAACGAUAGUGCUGUCGGUUCUUUGAGUGAAGAUGAGAACGCCGAGAUGACAUCCAGAAAAUCAUCUGGAUCAUCCACUCCUUCUAUUCGACGUAGCAAUGAGCUCGGUACACUCUCUGAAGAGUAA